CCGCGCAGAGUUCGUCCGAGUUGGUCGUGGAGCAUGUGAUUAGUCACGAAGCGUGCAUUUUUUGUUACCUUAUCAUUGUCAGUGAGAGAUAUCUGCAAGUUUCAGAGCUUCUUUGCUGCUGUCUGUUGCUGCUGGUAUAGAAGACAGGAGGCCGUAACGUGUGGAGGUUGUUUUCUGUUGUAUCUGAAGUUUAUUUGGAAAAAAACAAACAUGUUUGGUGGCUUUGGCAGCAGUUUCGGCGGCGGCCGGCCGUCGAUGAAAGGCUCCCAGCCAGGCGGUAACCUGCGCCGCCCUGAUUGGACCCAGAUCAAGCUGACACCCAUUCAAAAAGACUUCUACCAGCCACUGCCACAUGUGGUGGCGCGCGGCCAGUCGGAGGUGGAGGCCUACCGGCAGCGCAGCGAGAUCACCGUGCGCGGCUCAACGGUGCCAGCGCCACUCAUCGAGUUCCACGACCUGGCCAUGCCCGACUACAUUCUGAACACAAUCAGGGCCAAUGGUUUCACCACACCCACACCAAUCCAGGCCCAGGGCUGGCCAAUCGCCCUCUCCGGCAAGGACAUGGUGGGCAUCGCACAGACCGGCUCUGGCAAGACGCUGGCAUACAUGCUGCCUGCCAUCAUUCACAUCAACCACCAGGACUACUUGCGUCCGGGCGACGGGCCGGUGGCGCUGGUGCUGGCGCCCACCCGCGAGCUGGCCCAGCAGAUCUCCGAGGUGGCCAGCGAGUUCGGCCGCAGCUCCAAGCUGCGCCACACCUGCGUUUACGGCGGCGCGCCCAAGGGCGGCCAGCUGCGUGACCUGGAGCGCGGCGUCGAGAUCGUGAUCGCCACGCCCGGCCGGCUGAUCGACUUCCUGGAGAUGGGCAAGACCAACCUGCGGCGCACCACCUACCUGGUGCUGGACGAGGCCGACCGCAUGCUCGACAUGGGCUUCGAGCCGCAGAUCCGCAAGAUCGUGGAGCAGAUCCGGCCCGACCGGCAGACGCUCAUGUGGAGCGCCACCUGGCCCAAGGAGGUUCGUCGCCUGGCGGAAGAGUUCCUGGUGGACUACACCCAGCUGAACGUGGGCUCGCUCGACCUGGCGGCCAACCACAACAUCCUGCAGAUUGUGGACGUCUGCGAGAGUCAUGAAAAGUUCCAGAAGCUGUUUCGCCUGCUGGAGGAGAUCAUGGCCGAGAAGGAGAACAAGACCAUCAUCUUCACGGAGACGAAGCGCGGCUCCGACGAACUGACGCGCCAGAUGCGCCGCGAGGGCUGGCCGGGCAUGUGCAUCCACGGCGACAAGUCGCAGCAGGAGCGCGACUGGGUGCUGCGCGAGUUCCGCAGCGGCCGCUCCCCCAUCCUGGUGGCCACCGACGUGGCCGCGCGCGGCCUGGACGUGACCGACAUCAAGUUCGUCAUCAACUUCGACUACCCGAACAACUCGGAGGACUACAUCCACCGGAUCGGGCGCACGGCUCGCAGCCACAACACCGGCACGGCCUACACGUUCUUCACGCCCGAGAACGCACCCAAGGCGCGCGACCUGAUCGCCGUGCUGCGCGAGGCCAACCAGGUGGUGAACCCCAAGCUGGUGGAGCUGCAGAGCUCGUCCCGCGGCUACGGCGGCAGAAGCCGGUACGGCGGCGGCCGCGGCUUCGGCGGCGGUGGCGGCCGCCGCUCGGGAGGCGCGUACGGCGGUGGCGGCCGUUGGUAGGCCGGCUCGACAGCGAUCCCCGACCCCGGCAGAGGUAGCACCGCCUGCCGCCUAGCAGCGACGUGAACCGGCCGCGGCUGCCGCCGCACUACAAGGAUUCCGUACGGAGGCGGUGCUUUCGGCGGAGCAUUGGUUUCGGUGUUGUUGGUUUUUUUUGCACGCCACCGCACGGCGUGUUUUGGUCCCUCUGCCGGUUGAAACGCAGCCUGCGAAAACCGGUGGCGUGUUUGUUUAGUUAAGCCGAGGUGGCACCGCGCGAAGGCUGACGCCAUGUUCAUGUAUAGUAGCCGGCCGUGCGAGGAUCUCUGGAGGUUCAGGGCGCCGUCUCUGUAUUGACGUGGUGCCUCUGUCUGGAUCUCGCGCUGCCUGUCCUCCGGUCUCCCGCGUACCCUUUCGUUCUAGUGUAGUGUGUUCCCAGCCCGCUGUGGGCACCACGUGGGCGUCUUGUAAAUAGCCUGCGUAGGACUGAAUUCGCGUCAGCGUGUAGUGGCGGCUAGCGACGGAGUUGUCUGUGGAAGCGUCUGGAUCAGCGCUUGGAACGCCGCAGACGGCGGCGAGCGCGGAGAACCCAUUCCGUUGGCUUCGUGAGAGACAAGUGUACAAAAAGUUGUGUGGCGAGGCAGGUCGCUCAGAGGAGGUGCGCUGCGGCCGGCGGACGGCGGGCGCGCUGCGCCGUGUGUGGUGCGAGCUGUAGGGUUAGACUGGCAGUGGGGCGCCGCGACACGCGUCGGUCACUAGACGCCGGCGCGGCGGGCACCCGUGACGCGACGGCGCCUGUGUGGGCGGGGCGCGCUGUCAGCCAGCCCUCGCCGCCUGCUCGCUGGCCAUCAGGAGCGGAGGUGCGUGUGUGUGUGCCGAUUGCGCCGUCGCGGCCACCUGGACUCUUCGUGGUGCGCGUAUACUUGAGCGCGCGUUCGCUGCUUCAUCCCAGCGUAUCUUGGGGCACGUUAUGCACUACCCGGCGUUGCUACCGCGCGUGGCUGGCGCGUCUCGCGGACGUGAAGCUCCGCUGUCAGCAGGCGAUUGCCCUCCUGAGAUGGCCAGCGAAUCGUGCAGACGGCCGCGGAUGCAGUAAUAAAACGGACGUUUGA